AUGCAGGUAUGGCGUGAGAAGUAUUUGGACCUUGCAGUGGGCUGGAAGCUCCUGUUGUGUCUUAUGAAUAUGAAGCACGGCCUCACGUUGUCUGCGUUAGGAGUUCUCUUUGGCAUUCACCGCACUAGUUCGUCGCGGAUUUUUUCUGCCACUUUGAAUGUCCUGUAUGUCGCUACUCAAAAGUGUAUCAAGUGGUUUUCAAGGGAUCUUGUCCAAGCCACAAUGCCUCCCUCUUUCUGCGUGUGCUAUCCAAAUUGCAGAGUUAUUGUCGACUGUUCAGAAGGGAGAAUAGAGAUACCAGUUAAAGUCGCUAACAGGGUUAACAGCUGGAGUAACUACAAUAGUGACUUUACUCUGAAAUUCCUAGUUGGGAUGUCUCCAUCCGGUUAUAUAACAUAUAUUUCGGAUGUGUAUUGGGGCAGGUCGAGCGACACAUGCUAUCUUGUGAACUCUGGGUUGAUCAGCUUGUUAGAACCCGCGGAUAUGGUGACGGCGGACAAAGGCUUCCCGCGUGUCAAGUGUGACUUGGAAAGUAAGGACCUGACACUUGUCAUGCCACCAUUUGCAAAAGCCAACCAACAGUUCACAAAGGCGGAGAUGCAAAAAACUUAUAAGGUUGCAUCUAAUCGCACUCAUGCAGAGAGAUGCAUUCAGCGUAUAAAGAGUUUUCCAAUAUUGAGUAAAAGGCUAACUCUGGAACUUAAGUGUCACAUUGACGAGGCAGUACAUCUGUGCAGUGUGUUAGCCAACACUCAAGGACCGGUAUUCAAGACUGUGUAA